UACAAACGUUAGCACCAUUGCGCUGCCUCCAAUUCUCGCCCUAGUUCCGAGGAGUCUCCAUGGGGAAGAAGAAGAAAUUCAUCGACAAGAAAAAGUCAGCCACUUUCCAAUUACUCGCACGCGAUUCUUCUGAUCCCAACUAUGACGGAACUCCUGGCAGCGACCGUAUAUUUGUUCGUGUCGACAAUAACUCUGUCUCUGCUGCCAGCAUUGUUGGCGCUGAAGAACCUUACGGUGGCGGUGGUGAUGAUCCCAAUUCCAUAUUCGCUGACGCACCUGAGGACUAUGAAGGUGACGAGAAUGAUGUCAAGGUAUUGGGGAAAUCCAUGCUUGGGUGGAGUGAGAAUUCGAGUACCGCUGCUGAGACAUUGCCGGAGCAAGUGCGGAGGGAGAUUUUGGAGUUAGGUUUUCCAGAUGAUGGGUAUAAUUACUUGCUUCAUCUGAGAGAGAUUCAGAAUACUGGCGGUGGCUCUGCAUUCUAUCACAACCCCAAGUUUAGAGCUGAUCUUGUUCCUCAUGAUGUAAAGGCCUAUGACGCAUCACGAUUACAAAUAUCCAAGGUGAAUGAAGUGUGCAAUGAUAAGUCCCUCUACGGUGUUGCAUCCAGGACUACAAGUGUGAGGAUUCAGAAAGGCGUAGAUCCUGAAGUGGCUGCAUUGCUUGAUGAUAGUGAUUUGUCACGGUUUGGCUCUGAUGUUGAAGACCUGGAGGAAGACUUUGUUGUUCAGGCAAACCUUCCGGCAGAAGAAGAAGAAGACAAGUCCGACAUAUGCAACAAAAUGAAUUCUGCACAUGAAUGUGCUAUAGAUAAAAACAAUUUGGAAAUAUUGCAUGCUUCUGCUAGUUCCAAGGUUUCAAAUGAUCUUGAGCCCCUGGAUGGAGUUACAGAAGGUGUCGUUGAAGUAGGUUGUGCCAAUGAAAAGCCAAGAGUUCGGCGACUCUUGGAUGAACAGUUUGAUUUACUUGAACGUCAAGAGUAUGGAACUGAUGAUGAUAGUGAUGAUGAUGAUGAAUAUGAUUAUGAUUGCUAUCAAGCUGAAGAUGAAUCUCUUGCUGAUAAGCUCAGACAUUCUCUUAAUGGCCAUGUGGUGGAUGACCUAGAGCUUAAUGAUGACAACUAUAAGGCCCCUGCAGAUUUAAUGAAGGAUAAAGAGGCUUUGAAAAGUGAAGAGCAAGAUGACUCUGCUGCUGAUGUAAUUCGCCUCUGCAAGGAAUAUGCUCAGAGGUAUGAAAAUGAAGAUGAAGAAGACAAGGAUGUUAUUUUGGAGGAAAGUAGUGAUGAAUCAGAAGUUUGGGAUUGUGAGACAAUUAUUUCUACAUACUCAAAUUUAGAUAAUCACCCUGGAAAAAUUGACGCACCUGAAGUAACAAGGAAGAAGAAAUUGGCUCAAGCUGUUUCUGCAGCCAUGGGUUCCUCUAGUCUUAAAAUAUCCCUUAAAGGAAAAGAAAAAAUCCCUGUGGAUUUCUUGCCUGGUGGUAGAACACCCGCUGCAGAAAAGGUGAAAAGCUUGAACAGUAUAAAAACUGAACAGUACAAGAGAAAAGAGCAUGGGCAAGAAUCAAAGGAGGAGAAGAAAGAACGGAAGGCUGCUGUGAAGGAGGAAAGGCGAGAGGCACGCCGCCUGAAAAAAGAAAUGAAAGGGCUGUACAAGUGUGAAACACAUCGAGGACAAAGAGUUGCUGCUGUAUCGGGUCCUUCUACUAUUCAUCUUUUGUAAGCUAACCUAUGCGUGCUUUCAUCCACGUGUGGGUCUUCCAUUCCACUGUCUUGAGGUGAGAUGCUAUCAGUCAUUACUUAUUCUUGCCAUAAGAAUAGGGGUGUCUCCAUGCAUGGCUAUUUUGGUGUCUUGGGGUUUUGGCUGAGACAGGUUGUGAUAAUUUAUCUAUUUUGGCCCCAACCAUAAUGGGUUUGAGGGGAUUUUGAUGGUAGUGUUUCGUUCUAGACGAAGUUGUUGGAAGUUUUUGUUUUUCAUUUUUAGGAUUUGGGGGUUGAGAUGGUGAGUUGACAUGGUUUGUAGAAUUUUGCCAAUCAAUGACAUUAUUAUAUAUAUAUAUAUAUAUAUAUGCACGAAUCAUGACUGAUCAAGUUUUUAA